AAAGUUCAAUCCGCGGUGGUUGUAAUGUAAAUCGCAAUUUAGGCAUAAUUCUGAAUCGCUUAUGGAUAAUUUCAUCAUUGCCCGUGGAAAAAAGAUAAUAUCCUUAUCAGGAAAUUCCGAAAAUCGUGAAAAGGUGCGCGUUGAUUUUCGCAAGACCGUCUGAUUCAUCUCAAAUAGAGUGAAUGGCAAAAGUGGGGGCAGAGAGAGAGAGAGUAGCUACCAUAUUGGCAACUUGUGACUUUUGGGUGGUAGUAAGCAAAAAAAUAACCCAACUAGUGUCCUUUCGUACAUGAAAUGAUGCCUUGGAUUUUAUUUAAGUAGGCGUUUCUUUGUGUUUAAAAAAAUCCAUCUCUUCGCCCAAAAACCAAAGGAUUCCUCCUGAAAAAGUCGGGGAAAAUGAGUUUCUUUGGAUUCGGACAGUCUGCUGACAUAGAGAUUACUUUAGAUGGAGGCGACACUAGGAAAACUGCGGAUAUCAAAUCCGAGGAUGGAAAAAAGGAACGACACUUGCUUUAUUACGAUGGCGAGUCGGUAUCCGGAAAGAUAAACAUCAGCUUAAGAAAAGCCGGCAAAUUAGAGCAUCAGGGUGUAAAAGUAGAAUUCAUUGGUCAGAUAGAAAUGUUUUAUGAUCGGGGUAACCACCACGAAUUCACGAGCUUGGUGAAGGAAUUGGCGAGGCCAGGGGAGCUCACACACAAUACACUUUACAAUUUUGAAUUCGCCAAUGUGGAAAAGCCGUUCGAAAGCUACACUGGAUCCAACGUUCGUCUCAGAUACUUUCUCAGAGUAACGAUUGUUCGGAGAUUAAGCGACAUUGUCAAAGAAUUAGAACUCGUUGUACAUACGCUCAGUUCCUAUCCAGACAUGAACAACCCUAUCAAAAUGGAAGUUGGCAUUGAAGACUGUCUGCAUAUUGAAUUUGAGUACAACAAAAGCAAAUAUCAUUUAAAGGACGUAAUCGUCGGGAAAAUCUACUUCCUCUUGGUAAGAAUAAAGAUCAAACACAUGGAGAUUGCAAUUAUAAAGCGGGAAAGCACAGGUUCAGGAAACACAACCUUCACGGAAAAUGAGACAAUAGCGAAAUACGAGAUUAUGGAUGGAGCUCCCGUGAAAGGAGAAUCUAUUCCCAUCAGGGUCUUUUUGGCAGGUUACGAUUUGGCCCCAACAAUGCGAGAUAUCAAUAAAAAGUUCAGCGUUAGGUAUUAUCUCAAUUUAGUUCUGAUGGACGAGGAAGAUCGCCGUUAUUUUAAACAGCAGGAAAUCACAUUGUGGAGAAAAGGUGAGAAAAGUAGAAAAUCGCAAACAGCCUCGCCUCACUUGCCAUCACAUUUGGUGUCUGCGGAAACUGGAUUUCCUCAGGGUGCACCACAAAAUGGACCACCUUCUCUGCCACCCAGUUCCGAUCAAAUGUCACCGGAAGCCAGCACAGGAUUGGACGAUCCUCAGGCGCCGAUAGAAGGAAUGACGCGAGAAGAGGGUGACGGUGAAGGUGAGAAAGACACCAGUCCGGAAAGCAAUUGACUCCCUUAAAAUGAUAAUAUUGCUAGACUGUAAUCCGUAAUUUUGUGCUGAAGAACUGAAAAUCAAUUUGCUUAAAAUGAUACGAGAAGCAGUGGGGCGUUUUUUUUUUCUUUCUUCAUUUCAGUGCACUAAAUUGCGGAGGAAAUGAGAGAAAAGAGGUGGAUGUAAAUAUUUUGACUGCGAACAACUCUAGAAUAACUGGAAUACCCUUUUGGGAAAAGAACGGACUUUUCUCUAUUUCCUAAAAUAAUCAAUUGUCGAAUUAAUUUUUAUUCUUUUGCGAUCAAGGGGUGUCGGCGUCUCCGUCUCCGUCAUAUGUGGAAUAGAUCUAAGUGACUUUGUCUCUCUAAAUGCCUGAAAAGCUUUACACAUUCAACCGGUUACAAUUUUUCUUGAUAUUUUUUUUAUUGUUUUUUUAAUGAUGGAGGGCGUUUUUAAAGAAAAAAUAUACACCGACUGAUAAUACGGCUUGGAAUAUGAGCCAGAGUUGAAUGAAACAUUUUACACAUCGAUUCUCGAGUUUGAGAGAAAAAAUCAGUGUCGCACGAGUGACGAGAGAUGCCUGUUUUUCAGUUUUUAAUGGUACAGAUGUAUAAAUCAAAUUAUCGUGUUACGCAUAUUUAUAAUGCAACGUCCAGAUGAAUCAGUUAUUUUUAGCUGGUCUAAUAGUUCUAUAUACAUGUAUUAAUGUACGCGCACGUACACAUUUUCUAAACCUGGCUAAAUCACGUAAUGCGAUUUGAUAUCAUUUUUUCUUUCUAUUUGAUAUCGACGAGGCGUCAGCAUUAAUCUGGGAUUAGAAAAUCAUCACGGGUUUGUGCACUGACGUGGGCAUGUUUAUGUAAAGAUAUAUAUGUCAUAGGUGGUUAUUUUUUCAUAGGUUUUGAUUUCAAAAAAAAAAAAAAC